CCGGAAGUACAGCGCAGGUGUCCGGGAAGGUCGCUCGCGCCGGGAGGUCCCCUUAACUUAGUUCUCUUCGUUGGUGACGUGGGAUUUUCACGGGUACUCGGAGCCAGAAUAUCUUGCUGUUGCUUGUGGACAACUAGACCGAUGCACCGCCGCUCGAUAAGAUCCGAACAUCACGGAAAGAGAAUCUUUUUUCAUGCAAAAAUCUUGCGCGCAGACUUCAGCAGUACAUCGCGCCUCCUGUUGUAGGAGGCUGCUCGCUGACAAGCGUGGUUCAUUGUUAGAAAUUAAAUUACGAGCUGUUGGAGACGUAAUUUUGAAAGCAGCUAGAAAUAAUCAAUUGUUCUACGUUAAUUUCUCGACGAUGUUCCGAUUCAAAUGGUACGGUGGUGCAUGUUACCGAUUCUUCUUUUCGUCCUUGCUUGAAGUUCUUAAAACUGAAUAUUGCGAAAUUAUGUUUGAGAAAUAUUAAAAUGUUAAUGUUUUGAAACACGGAUAUAAUCGCGAAGUCAGACUUCAGGAAGUUCAAAGUUCCAAGUCUCCUUGAUCGCGAAAUGAUCUUUUCGAGAUCCGCUCUGACCUCAUACGUUAGAUAGGAAGAGAUGCAGAAAAAUUUGACACACACCACAUCGCCAAUUACGUCACAGAUCAUCAGCUGGACACCAGUUAAGAAUUAGAUCCAAUCGUCGAUCUGGAUUGGGCUCUCUCGGUCCGUGAAGAGUGCUGAUCUAAGCGAACAAUUUUUUGAGGAUGAUCUUUGAUCGCAACUCUUGCCUCGUUCAUGCAUGAUCGCGCACAUCGUCAGAGAUCAUCGCGUCGAACACGAUUAAUCGCGAAUCUCGAUCAUCUCUAUCAGUCGUCACGUGUGUCAGAAAUUUGUUAGCGCGAAUACUUGCAAGCGAUUCAUUCGAGAGAGAGAGAGAGAGAGAGAGAGAGAGAGAGAUUUUAUUUCUUCAAGAGCAACAUGAUGAUAAAAUAAAUGUUUAACUGCAAGAGAAAAGAUACUUCUCUAUUUUUCAGUUGAAAUAUUCUAUUCCAAAUCGAACUCUUCUGAGAGGAAGAGAUUUUCGUUUUGUUGCAGGGAACUCUCCACAGGCUCGAUAACGCUGUAGAUUUUACGAGCUCGUUCGUUGCAGUGAUACGUUUCAAAGUCGAAACACUCUGGUCGAGAAAGCUAUCUCAAUUCGCUUCGCAUGUAAUAGGACGGACAAGGCCUGAUCUUUUUCCGCGAGAGUCGCGCAAGUUUAUGGGACUUUAAUGAUAGGCCUCGCCGGUCCCAUCUUUGCGUUAUGAUAACGAGUGAAAGCUGCAUGGACAGGCGCGAAUUUGCGAGGAACGCUGCUUCAAUCGAAGUCGACUUUUCCGCUUUUGUCUCAGGGUAGGGAAACUGGUUCCAAGCGAUAGCGACUUCUCUAAAAAACGGAAUCUGCAUGUGGGAAAUAAUUUCUGAAGCAAUAAACAUACGCAAUGUAGACAGUUAAAGUAUUCGAUAAUAUUAUAUUUGACUUGAAAUCUGUAAAUUGUUCUUUUAGUUGUACGUUUGUUGAACUAUCGAUUUUUUCAAAUCGAUUUGCGAUAUAUACUUGUUCGGUUAAAACAAGUGGACGUUAAAGUUUGAUUUGUUUGUCUCUACUGAAUGUUGGAAUUUUAUAUCUUGAUUCUGAUCGUUUCAAGACCUUGACAUUUUAGAACAAUUGCUGAUUGACAACUCAUUAGAAUCUUAAUAAAAUUAUAAAAAUUAAUAUAAAUCUUUAUAAUAAAUUAUUAUAAAGAUUGGUGCAUAACAAAGACAUUUCUGUUAAAAGCUUUCAGAAUUUACAUUUACAAAUAUGCAAUGUUCAAGAUAAUUGAUUUUACAUUCGGUUAAAAAAUGAUUGCAGAAUAAGAACUUUUAAUUCACGCGUGUGUGUGAGAGGAAGGAAUUAAGAAGAGCAUUUUCUAAAGGAGCAUAUUAAAUUUGUGAAUUGUUUUAUUAAUUACGUGUUAGUAUACAUCUUAAUACGAGACGUAUUUCAGAAUAAAGAUAAAUUAUUCGCGCGGUAGUGUGAAAUUAAUCAUAAAUUCUCGCCUCUCGCUCGCCAAAACGCCAGUUAUGGUGGAUAUUUAUAUCAGGAGAUAGUUGCUUCUAUCUCGUCGUACUAAUUUGGCGCUUCCGGAAAGGCGUCACAGUCACGAGCGAAUUAUCGUACGUCGUCUUUCUCGGCGAACAAAUUUACACGGCAAAAUGGAAGGUGAUGAGAAAAAGGACACCUGAAGUGCUUAUAAAAUCUUACUAUAUAAUUGCAAAACGAUAUAUUAAUAUUGUACGACUCUCAAAAAAUUCCAGACUGUUAAAAUAAACUUGAAACUAAAAAAAAGUGUAGUUGCAAUAUUACUCGCGCAGCAGCACGUUGUAAAGGACGCAAAUCGUUCUUGCAGACGGUGGAAUGAUCGCGACGGCUUGGAAAAACUCGAGAUCGAUCGAGGAUCAUGCAUGUUAGGUGCGCAUGUGUCGACGAGGUUGCAAGCUAAAAGGACAAUCCGGGAACAAUCGAAAAGGGAGUCACAGACGACUAGGAAGCUGCGAGUUCUUUGCACAGGAUGUCCGCUUUGGUGUUACUGACCGCUUGGAUCGUCCUGGCGUGUCAUCUCGUCCAGGAUGGGGUAGCAACGGGACAACGGUUCACCCAGAAUCCCUCUCAGGACCUGGACAACACUCUGCAAUCGAUACCACCCCUCGGGCCAAAUGUCUGCAGUUCAAGGUACAAAAACUAUUGUUGUCCAGGAUGGUCGAAGAAGCCGGAGACAGGCCUGUGCGUCAUUCCAAUUUGUACGAGACGCUGUGGCUCUUUAGGAAGAUGCAUAAGGCCAAACGUCUGUUUAUGCGAAGGUGGUGUUGUCGCUUCUAGCUGCAACGGCGGACAAAAUAAAGUAAUCACUCACGAAACUGGACAUGGCAGCGAUCGUGGCGAGAGUGGUAGAUGCAGGGUUCACUGCAUGAAUGGAAAUUGCGUUGACGGCCGGUGCCAGUGCCGCAGCGGGUACCAGGGGGAAUUUUGUAACGAACCUAUUUGUCGAGAGCCUUGCUUAAACCAAGGAAGAUGCAUCGGUCCAGAUCGUUGCGCGUGUAUUUACGGUUACACCGGAAGACGCUGCGAGGCCGAUUACAGGACUGGACCUUGUUACACCAAAGUAAAGAACGGCCAGUGCCUAGCGAGUCUUCCGGGAGUGGUUUGCACGCGACAGUUAUGCUGCGCCACUGUUGGCAAGGGCUGGGGACACCCUUGCGAGCGAUGCCCAGCCAGGCUGGACUGCGAACUGGGUUAUCUAAAGACCAAUCAGGGUCAAUGCGUCGACAUCAACGAAUGCGAAGCGAUUCCUGGACUAUGCGAGGGUGGAAAAUGCCUGAACACUCCCGGUUCGUUCACCUGCGAGUGCCCCGUGGGACAAGCGAGAGAUCCCGAGACUAAUCAGUGCAAGGACAAAGACGAGUGCCAAGAGGAAGGCAUUUGCGCCGAUGGUCGAUGCAUAAAUACGAACGGCGGUUAUUAUUGCCACUGCAAUCCGGGUUUCAUACAAAGCCAGGACCGAAAAUAUUGCAUCGACGGCAGGCAAGGGUUGUGCUACACGGCGGUGAACCGUAAUGGACAGUGCAAGAACCGGCUAGCGAUGAGACUCAGCAAGAAGGACUGCUGUUGCGGCAAGAAUAUGGGUCGCGGAUGGGGUGACGAGUGUUUCAUCUGCCCGAAUGUUGGCAGUGACGAUUACAACAGGCUUUGCUCGCAACUGGAACCGUUCACCGAGGUGAACGAGUGCGUGCUGCGGCCGGACAUCUGCGGAAACGGGAAGUGCAUCGACACGAAGGAGGGCUAUGAGUGCGAGUGCUAUCUGGGAUUCACGCGGAAACCAGGGGGCAGAUGCGAAGACGUGGACGAGUGCCAAUUAGGAUAUUGCCAGGGCGGGGUAUGCCGCAAUUUUCCUGGUAGCUUCUCCUGUGACUGUCCACCUGGCUUCGAAGUUUCUGGCGAAGGCAGAUAUUGCACUGAUCAUGACGAAUGCCAAGACACCGGAAUGUGUAGCAACGGACACUGCAUCAACAUGAACGGAUCCUUCAAGUGCAAAUGUAACGAUGGUUACACACUGUCACCAACAGGAAUUACGUGCAUAGACAUCAACGAGUGUGUGGAAAAUCCAAGAAUUUGUCUAAACGGUCGCUGCGAAAACACACCGGGAUCUUACCACUGCAUAUGUCAAUCAGGUUUUACUCCUUCAAGGGACAACACCUUUUGCGUGGAUAUGGAUGAAUGCUCGACUAGCGGGAUGUGCGAGAACGGCAAAUGCGUCAAUAUGGAAGGCUCUUUUAAGUGCGUCUGCGACUCCGGUUUCAGGAUCGGCCCCGAUUUGAGUCACUGCAUCGAUAUUGAUGAAUGCAUAAGUUCGCCCUGUCAAAACGGACGAUGUAUCAACACUCCUGGCAGUUUCCGAUGCGAAUGUCAUCCUGGAUUCAAUUUGGGGCCUGAUGGUAGAUCCUGUCUAGAUACGAGAAGAGAUCUGUGCUAUUCGCAGUACAGAGACGGCCAAUGCUCCAACCCGACGUCCACUGCCGUAACGAAGUCGAGUUGUUGUUGCUGCACGGUGAUUCUGGGCCAGCCUAUGGGUUGGGGUAGUACUUGCCAACCCUGUCCACUUCCGAACACUCCGGAGUUCGAUGCCUUGUGUCCACAUGGCGCCGGAAUGACUUACAACGGUGACGAUAUUAACGAGUGCGCGCAAAAUCCCAACAUCUGCAUCAAUGGCGGAUGCGAGAAUCUUAUGGGGACGUAUCGGUGCAUCUGCGACAAUGGAUACGAAGUGGAUGCAACGGGGAAGAUAUGCAGCGACAUUAAUGAGUGCGAGCUGGAAGAUUCCUUGUGCAGCGGUGGCCAAUGCCGAAACACCCCCGGUAGUUUUCAGUGCAUUUGUCCAACGGGCAUGAGAUACAACGGACAAAAUCAAAUGUGUGAAGAUGUGGAUGAAUGCGAAGAGUUGGGGCCAGACGUAUGUUUUAAUGGCAUUUGUAUCAACAUUCCGGGGGCUUACGAAUGCGAGUGCUCUCCGGGAUAUAUUCUCGACAACACCGGUCAUAUCUGCAUGGAUAAUCGGAGAGGCUCCUGCUGGACUAAGAUGGUAGACGGUCGCUGCGAAUACAAUUUACCAAAGCUAACUUUGCGUUCGGAGUGCUGUUGUUCGGUAGGAGUGGCUUGGGGCAGUCCCUGUGAGAUCUGUGAUCACUCUCUCUGCGAGUGCUCGAAGGGCUACGCGAAGGUGGACGGCAAGGGCUGCGCGGAUAUCAACGAGUGCGAGCUCAAUAGCGGAAUCUGCAAGGGUGGCGGCACAUGCGUUAACACGGAGGGCUCGUAUCGCUGUGAAUGUCCGCCUGGUCUCACUCUAGAUGCGACACACACCACGUGCACUGACACCAGACAAGAAACAUGCUACUUGGACUAUCGUCAUGGUCAAUGCGUCAGUGCUAUAGAAGGUCAUUUCUCAAAGAGCCUAUGCUGUUGCUCAGUGGGUCGCGCCUGGGGCAGCGACAAGUGCGAAUUAUGUCCCAAAGUCAGCACACAGGCUCACGCAGAGCUAUGCCCUCGCGGAGACGGUUUCACCGAACGUCAGGAUAUCAACGAGUGCGUCGAGUUCCCGGGCAUGUGUCUAAACGGUAGAUGCAAGAACACCAUCGGCAGCUACAGUUGCAGGUGCAAUCAAGGCUACGCUCUUGACGAGCAUGGCAUCAAGUGCAAUGAUAUCGACGAGUGCGAGAUCAUGCACGGAGUGUGCGGCAACGGCACCUGCAGAAACACGCCCGGCAAUUUCCAGUGCGACUGCAGCUCCGGUUAUCGCGGUAGCGAUAUCAUGAAGAUCUGCAUGGACAUAAACGAGUGCGAGGAGACGCCAGGACUAUGUCGCGGCGGCACUUGCGUCAACACCGAAGGGAGCUUUAAUUGUCUGUGUCCACCGGGGCACGAACUAGGUCCUGACAAGCAAUCCUGCAAGGAUAUCGACGAGUGCUCGAGGACCAGCGGCAUAUGCUCGAACGGCGUCUGCGAGAACAUGAUGGGAACUUAUCAGUGCAUAUGCGAUGACGGCUAUCAACAGACGGGACUUAGAUCUCACUGCGAGGACAUCAAUGAGUGCGCGAUUGGCAAUGGUGGCUGCGAGGACCUUUGUCUGAACACGCCGGGCAGCUUCUCCUGCGCCUGCCGCACUGGCUACGCUUUAAAUCUGGACGGUCGAUCUUGCGUGGAUGUGGAUGAGUGCAAGGAGAAUCCUCGUAUCUGCAACGGAGGUAAAUGUAAGAACAUACCAGGUGGCUACGUAUGCAACUGCACUAAUGGUUUAUUACCCGGACGAGACGGCAUAUCCUGCAUAGAUGUCGAUGAAUGCACGACGCAACCACGAAUAUGUGGACACGGCGAGUGCUACAACACGAUCGGCUCUUUCAAUUGCCGCUGCGAGGAAGGAUACUCGGUAAAACCAGCGGAAGGGCCGGCAUGCACUGAUGACGACGAGUGCCGGCUGAAUGCCUACUCCUGCAGCGAGUUUGCCGAGUGCCAAAACACCCAGGGCUCGUACGUGUGCACAUGCCACGAAGGCUUCACCGGAAAUGGAAUUGAAUGCUGGGACAUCAACGAGUGCUCCACGAACAACGGCGGUUGCGACUCCAAUGCGCACUGCAUUAACACCGAAGGUUCCUUCAAGUGCGUGUGCGACGCCGGCUUCCGGGGUGAUGGCUACAGCUGCAAAGACAUCGAUGAGUGCGUGGAGGAUAUCACACUCUGCGAAAAUGGGCAUUGCUUGAACUAUCCUGGCGCUUAUCGCUGUGAGUGCGAGAUGGGUUUCAUGCAUCCGGACGAGCGCAACGAGCAGGCGUGCGUGGACAUCAACGAGUGCGAGAUGUUCAGUAAUCUGUGCGUGUUCGGCCGUUGCGAGAAUAUCUUCGGCAUGUUCCGCUGCGAGUGCAACGAGGGCUACAAGCUGGAUGGUUCCGGUGGCAACUGCACCGACGUGGACGAAUGCGAGAGCCCGCAAUCUUGUCAAUAUGGCAUUUGCAUCAACACGCAGGGCAAAUACAUCUGUAGGUGUCCGCCGCAUCAUGAAUUAGUGGAAGCCGGAAAUGCUUGCGUCGAUAGACGCGAAUCGUUGUGCUUCACGGACUACGAGCACGGCAGCGGAAGACCGCAAUGCAUCUUCGAGGUGGCGUCAUCUGUGACAAAGGCAACCUGUUGCUGCAGCAUUGGCACCGCCUGGGGCAACCGUUGCGAGGAGUGUCCAAGAGUUGGCACGAAAGAGUAUGACCAAUUAUGUCCCAGCGGACAGGGAUACAGACCGAAUCGUGUGACUGUUAUUCUAGAAGACAUCAAUGAAUGCGAAGAACACGAGAACAUCUGUCAAAAUGGACACUGCACUAAUACGUUCGGUAGUUUCAUGUGCUCUUGCAACGAGGGUUUCAUCUUGGACGAUACUAAGACUAGUUGCAUCGAUAUAAACGAGUGCGCGCUGCAUCCAGGAAUAUGCGGUGUUGGAUAUUGCAUCAAUGAUCAAGGAAAAUAUCAUUGCGAAUGUCCCGAAGGAUAUAUGGCGAUGCCCGGCGGAAAGGAAUGCGUUGACAUGAGAAAGGAAGCCUGCUAUCUCACUUACGAUGCUGGACAAUGCCUUAAUCCCAUGGUGCAACCGCAGACGAAAAUGUUGUGCUGCUGUUCAAUGGGGGCGGCAUGGGGCAGCCUUUGCGAGAAGUGCCCCGGCGAAAGAACUCGUGAGCACGAGAUUCUGUGUGGACUGGUGCCGGGACAGAUUAUGAAUCCGAUUACAAAUCACUCCGAGGAGAUCGACGAGUGCGCUCUGAUGCCAACGAUGUGCACUCACGGACGAUGUAUGAACACGCCCGGUAGUUUCGAGUGCCAGUGCGAACGGGGUUACGUCUAUGAUCAGGACUCGCAUCAAUGUAUCGAUGAGAACGAGUGCCAGCAGAUACCGAAUCCCUGCAGCGGGAACGCGCAGUGCAUCAAUCAACAGGGCUACUUCGAGUGCGUGUGUCCAGCUGGCUACAAGCUUGGUCCCAGUCAACACGAUUGCAUCGAUAUCGACGAGUGUUACGAGCGUCCAGGUAUCUGCAACAACGGCGCGUGUAGCAAUCUACAAGGCGGCUUCCAGUGCGUUUGCCAUCCCGGCUUCUCGUUGACCCGCGACAGGGACAACUGCGUCGACAUCGACGAGUGCCAGCGCAACCCGAACAUAUGCAACAACGGCACUUGUAUCAACACCUUGGGCUCCUACAAGUGUCAAUGUUACCAGGGAUUCAAGCUCAGUCCGAAUAACGAUUGCGCCGAUAUCAACGAAUGCCGAAUAAUGCCAUUUUUGUGCCGCAACGGUCGAUGCCGGAACACGAUUGGUGGCUUCGUCUGUGAGUGCGCGGACGGUUACGUGCUGACGGAAGACAGCCAGCAUUGUCGCGAUAUCGAUGAAUGCCGCGAGGUAUUAGGACUGUGUCCACCACCAGGAAGGUGUCAGAAUCUAAUGGGAUCUUACAUAUGCUCGUGUCCGCUAGGAUACGAACUGGAUCACACCAGAAAAAAAUGCGUCGAUGUAGAUGAGUGCGUGGAAACGAGAGGCAUUUGUGAAAACGGUCGGUGCAUCAACACGGAGGGUGGCGUAAUUUGCGAGUGCCCGGUCGGAUAUCGGUUGAGCGACAGACCGAAUUCAUUAACGUGCAUCGACGUAAGGGAGGACGAAUGCUAUGACAGCUAUCGACGUGGUCAAUGCACUUUUCCACGCGAGGGCAAGAUGAGCAGGAAGCAUUGCUGUUGCACGAUGGGCAAGGCCUGGGGUCGCUAUUGUGAACAGUGUCCACCGGAAAAUAGCGAGGAAUUCAAAAGGAUGUGUCCGGAGGGACCGGGACGGGACGAUACCGGAAUCGACCUGAAUGAGUGCCUAUUCAUGCCAGAUGCAUGUUCAGGAGGUGAGUGCAUCAACACAGAUGGUUCGUUCCGCUGCGAGUGCCCGACGGGGUACAUAUUGGAUGAAACAGGAAGACGUUGCGUGGACAACAACGAAUGCCUAAACGUUCAGAAUAUUUGUGGCAAUGGUACCUGCCGCAACAUUGAUGGCGGUUUUGAGUGUUCCUGCAACGAAGGGUACGCACCGGGGGUGAAUCAGAUUUGCGAAGACGUGAAUGAGUGCCUGGAAUUGGGCAAUCAGUGCGCUUUCAGGUGUCACAAUGCACCAGGUUCCUUCCGGUGCAUCUGUCCUUACGGGUACACCUUAGCACCGGACGGCCGCCAUUGCAUAGACGUCGACGAAUGCACUACGCCAGCAAACGACUGCAGGUUCCAGUGCAAGAACUUGAUUGGAACCUUCAUGUGCAUCUGUCCACCUGGUUACCAGAAAAUAGGAACGGCGGACGAGUGCAAAGAUAUCAACGAGUGCGCGAUUAACUCUGGCCUCUGUCAGCAUGGUCGUUGUGUCAAUCUGGAAGGCAGCUACCAAUGCCUUUGCUAUGACGGUUUCGAACAAAGCCUGGACGGAAAAUCAUGUAUCGAUCGAAGAGUCGGCUACUGCUUCCUGCAAACAAUCGGAGGCAGAUGCACCGCCAGAACCUUGGAGUUACGCACCGUGACAAAGGCGGAUUGUUGCUGCACCAUGGGAGCGGCAUGGGGUCCCCAUUGUGAGAUUUGUCCGUCCAGAGAUUCUGAAAAUUAUAACGAGCUCUGCCUUGACAAAGGCUUUUCCGUGAACGGUCAAGAUAUUGACGAGUGCAAGACUAUACCUGAUCUCUGCAGAAACGGCCUGUGCAUCAACACCUUGGGCUCCUACAGAUGUAUCUGUAAUAAAGGCUACAAGGCCGACAAGUCUGGCAUUCAGUGUGUCGAUAUCAACGAGUGCGAGUUGACGCCGAAACCGUGCAAGUACAACUGCCAGAAUACCGAAGGCAGCUUUAGCUGCUCGUGUCCAUCGGGUUUCAUAUUGAAUCCUGAUGGUAUUAGCUGUAGAGAUCUGGAUGAAUGCGCGACCGGGAAUCACUUGUGCCAGCAGAAUUGCAUAAAUACGCCGGGAAGCUACACCUGCGGCUGCCAGGAAGGCUAUACCCAGCAGGGAGACGCGUGUUACGAUAUAAAUGAAUGCAUUCAACCAGGCAUCUGCCCGAAACCUGGCAAAUGUAUUAACACCUUGGGCAGCUUUCAAUGCAUCUGUCCUAGAGGCUUCAAGUUGGACCACACCGGACGAUUUUGUACGGAUCACAAUGAGUGUGCCGACGACAGCACUUGCGAGCAUGGUUGCCAGAAUUUCAUGGGCAGUUACCGCUGCGGAUGCCCAGACGGCUUCGUUCAACAUCUCUACUACAAUCAGUGCAUAGACGAGAAUGAGUGCAACACAUCACCAUGUGGCGACAGUACUUGCAUCAACACGAUUGGCAGUUACAAAUGCGGCUGUCCGGAUGGCUAUCAGUUCGAUAACAAUUUGGCAAUUUGCGUACAGGUGAGUGCCGGAUGCUUUGGUAGUCCUUGCUCCUUCGGCUGCACCCCUAACGGAGCCAACGGAUUCAUCUGUGGCUGUCCCACCGGUUAUCAACGAAUAGGACAGGGCCAUUGUCUGUCCACUAUCAAUCCUUUGAGUCCAGGACGCUACGACGAAGAGAUCGGAAAUGUGCCGACUUUCCAAAUCAACCCUGAUCCUUAUCACAUACCGCCGGCUGAUGAUAAGACCAUUUCCACAGAAGGAUGCUUCUCAUGCAAGGUGAACGGAAAUGGACGGCAUAGAAGAGGCGCUAAGAACAGAUCGAACACGGCGAACGAAGAGAUCAAGACAAGGAGACACGGAAUACGGAAGAAACGUCGACACGCUAAACCAAAGAGGCAUCAUCACGGGAUGCAGCACGUGCUUAAAAUCAAUCUGCGUCAAACAAGACACCGCACGCGGAUCAUCAAGCUACAAUCUGCCAUCAAAGGCGAGGACAUAGAUUACACCAUCGCGCGGGGCAACGAUGGAGAUCACUUUGAGAUCCUCCGGGAACGUGGUAUCUCCGCCUUGCACUUCCGACAGCGGCUGAAGAGUCCCGGCGAAUUUCACAUAGUGAUUCACGGUCGUUCCAGAAACGCGACGAUCACGAGGACAGAAUGGGAGAAACCGCUGACGUUCACGGUCCAUCUAAUAGUCACGGAAUGAAGUCGGCGGGAGUUCAAGGAUAAUUGAAUCGCGUGAGAAGACACUGCCCAACACUGCGUUACGCUUUCUCUUAGUCAAUUUCGCGGGAUUGUUUCGAGCUGCGGUGAAGUAUUAGAAAGAAAGCACCGGAAACGCCAACGUACGAGGCGGGAAAAGAUGGAAAAAUCAACGGCCGAGAUAUUUCGCACAGUUUGGGAUCUAUUGAGCGAAGCAACGAUACAUGUAAAACACGGAAUGGUGAAGAACGCGCCUCGGCUUUUUGUGUUCACCCGCGCAUGAAUUGCAUUUAACUGCCAGAUAAUGAAUAUUCUAUUUACGAGCGAUGACGAUUCUUUAUACGACUGCCAGCUUAAACAUCUUCGAUCUUUCUACACUGCCAAUGUGCCUAUCGGGUGCCUUACCUUUUCGACAAUUAACGAGUUUGCAUUUAUUUGUACAUUUAUUUCUUCUUUACGUUGAGUCGCGCGGAAUAAUCUGUACGCCAAAAUGCCGUCAGUGUAAUCAACUCCCUCAUAAAUUAGUCUAUUAAUAGUGAUAAACACACGGAACGCACUAAUAAUCUCUAAAUAAUUAUUAUCUAAAUAAUUAUCUAAAUAAUUAUUAGAUAAUAAUUAUUUGUGCGUUGUAAGAUAACGCAAAACACAGAAGUGUUCCCUCUCGAUCUACUGCCUGUAAUUGUUACGUAAAUAUAAAAUAAUUAGAUUAGAGGAAUAAAAUAUGCUAGAAAUGUACAAACGCUAGAUUAACUGUAGUUUUAAGCGAGGCGAACGCACGUGUGUACUCAUAUGCAGAUAAAAAACGUAGCUUUAUAUAAUUUAUAAAAUACAGUUCGAGACGAAAAGCGGUACGAGUGUAAUUCAUGUACAAAAUCCGUACAUUUUGCGCUUAGACUUCAAAGAGAAUAUCGUAUAUAUAUACAUAUGUAUCACUGAUACACGAUUGCUUAUGACAUCUACAUUAGUAAGGAUUUUGAUCAUGUACAUUACUAAAGAACAGAGAACUGGUACAAUAAAGAUGUGAAUACAA